ACACCCUGCGGCAGUCCCAGCACGACAGCAAACACCCCUACCUCUUAACAGAUGAGGUUUAUUAUCAAACGAGUGUACUGAAUUUGCACUUAAACGGGAAGAGAGAACUAGCACCGUGUGAGAGAGAGUCUCGUUCUCUGUAGUUGGCGACUAAUUUUAAUACAUUCCCAACUUGUCUCAUUCCGCCAAGGACAAAACACAGCGAUGAUCAGACUUCAUAUUUCGUCAUUUUAUUUCUGAGUCUUUUUGGCAUAUAAGUACCACAGCCGGUCAUUGGAAGGAUUCAAACUGAGAUUUGUGGGAUUUUGUUAAAGGAAAUACAAUGCCGGACCAGAUCACGGUGGCGGAGUUUGUGGCGGAGACGAAUGAAGAUUAUAAAUCACCCACCGCCUCAAACUUCACCACGAGAAUGACUCACUGCAGGAAUACUGUAACCGCACUGGAGGAGGCCCUAGAUGUGGACCGUGGUGUCCUUUACAAAAUGAAGAAGUCGGUUAAGGCCAUUUACGCCUCGGGUCUCGCUCAUGUGGAGAACGAAGAGCAGUAUACCCAAGCUCUGGAGAAGUUUGGAGAGAACUGUGUGUACAGAGAUGACCCUGACCUGGGAUCAGCCUUCCUGAAGUUUUCAGUCUUCACCAAGGAGCUCACAGCCCUCUUCAAGAAUCUGUUUCAGAACAUGAAUAACAUCAUUACCUUCCCAUUGGACAGUCUGCUGAAGGGAGAUCUGAAAGGGGUUAAAGGGGAUCUGAAGAAGCCCUUUGAUAAAGCCUGGAAAGACUAUGAGACUAAAGUUUCCAAAAUAGAGAAGGAGAAAAAAGAGCACGCUCGACAGCACGGAAUGAUCCGGACGGAGAUCAGUGGAGCGGAGAUAGCCGAGGAGAUGGAAAAGGAGCGCCGUUUCUUUCAGCUUCAGAUGUGUGAGUACCUCCUCAAAGUCAAUGAAAUCAAGGUUAAGAAGGGUGUCGACCUGCUCCAGAAUCUCAUCAAAUACUUUCACGCUCAGUGCAACUUCUUCCAGGAUGGCCUCAAAGCAGUGGACAACCUCAAGCCCUCAAUAGAGAAACUGGCUACAGAUUUACACUCUAUUAAACAGGUACAGGAUGAAGAGCGCAGACAGCUUACACAGUUACGGGACGUCCUGAAGACCACUCUGCAGGUGGAACAGAAGGAGGACUCACAGGUUAGACAGAGUGCUACCUACAGUCUACACCAGCCACAGGGCAACAAGGAACACGGCACAGAGCGCAGCGGGAACCUUUACAAGAAAAGUGAUGGGCUCCGUAAAGUAUGGCAGAAGAGGAAAUGCACGGUGAAGAACGGUUAUUUGACCAUCUCGCACGGGACAGCUAACAGACCUCCUGCCAAACUCAAUCUUCUUACCUGUCAAGUAAAGCACAACCCAGAGGAGAAGAAGAGUUUUGACCUCAUCUCCCAUGACAGAACUUAUCAUUUCCAGGCAGAAGAUGAACCGGAGUGUCAAAUAUGGAUCUCUGUGCUGCAGAACAGUAAGGAGGAGGCACUCAACAAUGCCUUUAAAGGUGACCAACAUGUUGGUGAGAACAACAUUGUGCAAGAGCUAACCAAAGCCAUCCUGGGCGAGGUCAAGCGGAUGGCGGGUAAUGAUGUCUGCUGUGACUGUGGAGCUCCCGGCCCCACGUGGCUUUCCACCAACCUAGGCAUCCUGACGUGCAUCGAAUGUUCUGGGAUCCACCGAGAGUUAGGCGUACACUACUCCAGAAUCCAGUCAUUAACACUGGAUGUUCUCAGCACCUCAGAGCUCUUGCUGGCCAAGAACAUUGGGAAUGCUGGCUUUAAUGAGAUAAUGGAAGCUUGUCUAAUGGCAGAAGAUGUGAUCAAACCAAAUCCAACCAGUGACAUGCAAGCGAGGAAAGACUUCAUCCUGGCAAAAUACACAGAGAAGCGAUUUGCUUGUAAGAAGUGUCCUGACGCUCUGUCGAAACUGUACACGCUGUGCGAUGCGGUGAAGGCCCGAGACAUUUUCUCGCUCAUCCAGGUUUACGCAGAGGGCGUGGACCUAAUGGAGCCCAUUCCUCUGGCCAAUGGGCAUGAACAAGGCGAGACAGCCCUUCAUCUGGCCGUGAGACUGGUGGACAGAACCUCCCUUCACAUCGUGGACUUCCUCACCCAAAACAGUUUAAACCUGGAUAAGCAAACGGCUAAAGGAAGCACAGCCCUUCAUUACUGCUGCCUGACGGACAACAGCGAGUGUCUCAAACUGCUCCUGAGAGGAAAGGCCUCCAUAGACAUCGCUAAUGAGGCUGGUGAGACCCCACUUGACAUCGCCAGGCGACUCAAACACUUACAGUGUGAGGAACAGCUGAACCAGGCUCUGGCAGGGAAGUUCAAUGCUCAUGUGCAUGUGGAGUACGAGUGGAGACUACAGCAUGAAGAUCUUGAUGAAAGUGAUGAAGAUCUUGACGAAAAGUCCAGUCCUCACCGGCGGGAAGAGAGGCCCAUCAGCUGUUACACACCGGGCAGUAAUUCCCUGCAGCCUAGUCCGGCCAGUCUGGCACGAGAGGCACGAGACACGGUUAAAGACAAACAGCGGAGCUUCGUGCCCAACUUGGUCAACAACGAGACCUAUGGAACCAUUGUUAACACAAACUCAUCAGUCCCCCUUUCCACCUCUGCUCCACCUCUACCGCCACGAAAUUUAGUUCAGCCGUCUGGUCUUGCUGGAAUGGCCCAAGGUUCACCCAGUUGGAAGCCUGGCUCCCUAGAUUUGACAGGCAGGCAGAGAUCUUCCUCUGACCCUCCCAACAUGCAUCCCCCAGCACCCCCCUUACGGGUUACAUCUACAUCUCUUCUUGUGCAGGGUGGUCCUCCCCCUCAUGUGGGUAAAAAUGCAAAUUUGAUGGAGGCCAUGAGUAUACAGUCCAAAACUGGACAGGGGCCCCCUGGUCAGAACAUCAACAGGGCUACAAGCGCGGACAAAAACUUCAACAAAAGCCAGCUGAUGCGCUCAGGAUCCAUUGAGAGACCAGGUAGAUGUCAAAGAAACCGUUUUAGUUCUAAAGAAGUUCCUGAACAAAACACCAUUGGGCAAUCUCUGACCCCUACCCACAUGCAAAGGAAAACAUACCCGCAGAGGGCAAAGCGUGUGAAGGCCAUGUAUAACUGUGUGGCUGAUAACCCAGAUGAGCUGACAUUCUCAGAGGGAGAAGUCAUUGUGGUGGAUGGUGAGGAGGACCAGGAGUGGUGGCUGGGCCACAUCGAGGGAGAGCCCAUGAGAAGAGGAGCGUUUCCAGUAACAUUCGUGCACUUCAUCAUGGACUGAAUGUCAUAGAUCACAGGCACUGAGCUGGACUGAUGACAUCACCUCCCUGCCUCUGCGUGGCAUUACUAACCAUCAUCAUCUUUCAUUCCCCUUGUCAUGAGGCUUGAUCUUUCACUGAGCUUCCAUGAAGACCCCUGGUUCUCACUGUGCAGUGAUGAUCGACUAUCCUGGGGGAUGCAGUUUCAGAUGUAACACAGUUGGAGAUUUUGGUUUUGGAUUUCAAUUUUGGUUUGUGGAACAGGGAUGAGAAUGAUUGUUGUCAGUGACUUUGAUGCAAUAAAGGCACUUUUGACUUGAUUUAUCGUGGUCACAAUGAUAAUGUGAAGAAUGUUGCCAAGAUGAAGGUUUUAUUCCAAGAUGACAUUCACAUCCUUAUUCAUUUUAGAUGGAACAAUUCAAAGUAGCAUUAAUCUUUGGAAUUGGUUUUUGAAGGACACAUAUCUGUGAAUACGGUCUUGUAUGCGCUUUCCGUGACUAGGAAGGAAACGGAAGGAUAUAUGCAGAACCAAAAUAAUUAUAAUAAUUUAAGCAUUCAUUUGGAGAUGAAGGUAAAUGGUGCUAACCUAGGAGUAUGCUAUAAGCACUCUCUCUAACUCUGUUUCCCCUGUUUCAACACUACCUGCCCCAGUGCUGAGUGUAUAAAUAGGCCUUCCAUUGCUCACCCUUGGGAAAUCUCUGAAGUGCACUACGUGAAUUAGAGAGAGAUGGAUAAUUGUACAGUGGGACUUUGAGACUGCAUGUGUCUUGUGUUUAUAAGAAUGAGAUCUUGGGGGGGCCUGGGAAGCUCAGUAAGUAAAGACACUGACUACCACACCUGGAGUUGCAAGUUUGAAUUCAGGAUGUGCUGAGUGACCCCAAUCAGGCUUCCUAAGCAACCAAUUGGCCCGGUUGCUAGGGUGGGUAGAGUCAUGUUGGGUUAACCUCCUCGUGGUCCCUAUAAUGUGGUUCUCGCUCUCGGUGGGGCGUGUGGUGAGGUGUGCGUGGAUGCCAUGGAGAAUAGCGUGAAGCCUCCACACGCACUAGGUCUGCACGGUAGCACACUCAACAAGCCACGUGAUAAGAUGUGUGGAUUGAAUGUCACCACGAGUACUUGGCAUGCAUUGCGAAUUGGGAAUGCUAAAUUGGGGAGAAAAUCCACACAAAAAAGAAGAAAAUAAGAAUGAGAUCUUUGUAAGUAAUUGUAACCCUGGACCUGUUAGUUGUUUUGAGCACCGGGACAGUCUGGUGAACAUUCAAGGUCUCACAGGAGAGCAAAGGAGUGUCAAGGACAUUUAUUUCUGUAUAGAUAUUUAUAAUUCUGAGCUGUCCUUCAAUGUUCUUGAUUUAGAUGCUCUUAUUGAUUUUGAUUAUCUUCAGUAGAACUAUUUCUACCUUCCUUGCGUGCAGGGCUUGAACAUGGAGUACUCAAUGCUGUUUUUAAGUUUGGUGAAUCUCACAAAACAUGUCAAGAAUAUGUCGGCAUCAAAAUUCACUCUAUUAUAAUAAUAAUAAUAAAAAAACUUUUUUGUUUAAAGAAAAUGAAGCCUAUUUUUAAGGACCACUAAGACUUUUUGCACUGGGACAUUAUUCUCAUUCAAAUUAAACACAUUAUAGGGGGGGCUUUAUAGUCAUGAAAAAAAUAAUUAACCUAAAAAAAUACAUAUAUAUAUAGAGAGAGAGAGAGAGAGAGAGAGAGAUAUCACCUGCCUAAUAUUGUGUACGUCCCCUCGUGCCACCAAAACAUCGCCAACCCGCAUCUCAGAAUAGCAUUCUAAGUUACUAUUCUUCUCACCACAGUGCAGAGCAGUUAUCUGAGUUACUGUAGACUUUGUCGCUUUGUUGACCUCUCUCAUCAACAAGGCAUUUCCAUCUGCAGAACUGCCGCUCACUGGAUGUUUUUUGCUUUUUGCAACAUUCGGAGUAAAUUCUAGCGACUGUUGUGCGUGAAAAUCGCAGGUCAACAGAGAAUGGCGAUUCUGCGUUCUGAGAUACGGGUUGGCGCUGACACAAUAUUAGGCAGGUGGUUUUAAUGUUGUAGUUGAUUGUAAACUUCUGACUUCAACUGUGUAUACACAGACCUUAGCUAAAUACAUUUAAACAAUUGACAAUUCCUGACAUUUAAUGAUAGAAAACAUUCCCUGUCUUAGGUCAGUUAGGAUCACUACUUUAUUUUAAGAAUGUGAAAUGUCACAAUAUAGUAGAGAGAGUGAUAUGUUUUUAUUUCUUUCAUCACAUUCCCAGUGGGUCAGACAUUUACAUACACUUUGUUAGUAUUUGGAAGCAUUGCCUUUAAAUUGUUUAAUUUAAGUCAAAUGUUUUGGGGAGCCUUCCACAAGCUUCUCACAAUAAGUUGCUGGAAUUUUGGCCCAUUCCUCCAGACAGAACUGGUGUAACUUAGUCAGGUCUUUAGGCCUCCUUGCUCACACACACUUUUUCAGUUCUGCCCACAAAUGUUCUAUUUUCUCUCUCUCUCUCUCUAUAUAUAUAUAUAUCUCAGCCAACAUAUCAGUUCAAGAUAAUUAUCAGCAUACUACAAGUGUUUAUGAAAGAUAUUUUCAUCAAUAAGCGCGUUUUCAGAAACCAGAUGGGUUUUUAGAGCAAUUGCAUUUAAGUCACUCAUCAUAGCCAGUAAUGUCCCCUUACAACACUUUUAAUCCUUUCGAGAGCAUUGGAAAUCAUAUCCAUCAAUAGAGAUUUAGCAGUAAUUCUGUACAGAAGUAAAAUAGCAAAGUGUUUAAUGUGACAAGUGUUUGAUGUGGUUGCAGAGCAACUUAGAAUCUGUUAUGUAACUUUUAAUUAUAACAAUGUUAGUCUUGAUUGAGCUCAGAACAGAGUGACCUGUAACUGGAUGGAAAUCUCCUCCACACUAUUACUGUCUUCAGCUCACUGUGUGUGAAUGGACCUUACCAUGUGUAACUGUAAAUAAAUGUAGUCUUUGCUUUGUGCAUAUUUAAUGGUAAACAGAGAGCUUAAUUGAUAAUGACUUUUGUUUUGUUGGGUAAAACUACUGCAGUACACUUUUAACUAUAACAGAACCUAUUCAACAUGUUUACCGUUAACGUCAUUGGCACUAAUAUAAACAUAUUGUACAAAUAAAUUCAUUUUUGAUGGGUAACAGUUCUUCAAUAUUUAUUAUUCCUCAACCGGGGGGGUAUACUUUUAUUAAUACAGUGGCCCCAAAAAGGAUUUGGACAUUUAAGCCACUCUUAAAGAUGUAAUAAUAUGUCAGUUGUGGUACAGUUGCAUUGCAUUGCAACGUCAGAACCCCUGAAGUUCACACAGGUGUCCUAGCAGAGUAACCACAAGGGAAGUUCAGCACAUUAAGUAUAGUAGACAUGUUACAUUAAUUUGAAAGCCAAAAGGUGUCUUAACUUUGAUCUGUUUUUGUAUUGCAUUAUCAUUUAAAACCAAAAAAAAAAAAAAAAUCUAUUCUUUAAAUAUUUUGCUUGAAAAGUGUGCGUUUGUUUUUUCUACAAAAUAAAGGCCUCAUUGUUUGACAUUGUGGUAUCAAAUGCAAUGACAUUCAUACAUAAUUAAUGUGGCUGAAGAAUCCUCAUAGUUUCUGUGACCCAUGUAUUUUUGCAACAAAAU